UGAUAGAUUGGUACAAGACCUAAGGCAAGUUGGAUAUGUUCCUGGGGUAUGAUGGAUGAAUAUGAUUCUGUUACAUUACUAUGCACAGCUGAAAUGAUACUUAUAGUUCAAGAAAUGAAUACCAUAAUGUAGUCAUGCAGAAUGCUGGUUUACUAUAUGUAAAGAAAUUGUCAUAUUCAUCGCCGCAUUUCACUGGUAUUGCAAAACAAAUGUUGUGUUCAGGGGCCAUGGUUGAAUGCCAGAACCUAUGCUAACAGUACAAGCCAUAGAAAGGGUACAUUUUGCAAAGAGAAUUGUCCUCAAUAAACAAUAUUUCUGGAUCUGCCAUUGUCCAUGAAACCCUGAAUACAUGAAUUCAAAAUGCCCUAAUUGCAUCGAAUCCAAGACACUGCUUCAUGUCUUUUCUGAUUGCUCCUCUCUUGUACAGAUAAUAUGGCAUCCUUAUCAACUCAACCCUGAUGCCCCUAAAGAAGGUAUCGACAAGAGGGAGUUUUACACAAGCAAAUUUGGAUCCCAAUCGAAUCGGAUGGAAGCUCGGAUGUUAGAGGUCUUCAGAACGGUCGGUCUCGAAUAUAGUUUAUCCGGACGCACGGGAAACACCAUGGACAGCCACAGGCUUAUAUAUUUUUCUAGACAGCAAGAUCUUGAUAAGCAACAUAAUCUAGUUGAAGAACUUGGCCUUGGUUAUUUCACUCAAGGAAAAUACAUUGGUGACCAGAAGUUUCUUGUGGAAGCUGCUGCCAAGGUUGGUAUAGAAGGGGCAGAAGAGUUUCUUAAGAACCCUAACAAUGGGCUGAAGGAGGUGGAGGAUGAGCUUAAAACAUGCCCAGGAAACGUCUCAGGGGUUCCAUAUUAUGUGAUUAAUGGAAAUCAGAAGUUCAGUGGUGCACAGCCCCCUGAGGUCUUCUUGAGAGCUUUCCAAGUUGCUACAAGUUGAUUUUUACCUCCUCAAAGUUUAUGAUUCUACUAUUGUCUUUAAUUACAAUGAUAUAAUUUGGAAAUAAGAAGCUAGUGUCAUAUAGUAUUGUAUUAGUAUAUUAAGAUGUAAGCCAAUUUGAAAGUCUUAUACAUUGUUUAUCCCCAACGAUAAAUUGAAUGACUUUGCUAUUUAACUUAUAAUAACAAGUGUUGUUAAAUAGUAGCUAUAGUGCUACUAUAUGGCGUAGCCAAAUUUGAAAAAA